CAUCAUGAGAAUACGGACGUUCUGCAAGUUGGUGGAGGUAAGCGAGCUGACGCCGCGCAAACUGCGAGAUGAACCCGUCGUGUUGGACGGUCAGAACCUGUUCUACAACUCCUACCAGCGGGCAGGCUUCUCCGGCGCCUUCGGGAUCGAAGCCGACCGCUACGCCCGCCACCUCAGGCAAUACCUACAAAUGUUCAAGAAGGCUAACAUCAAAUGCUACAUCCUAUUCAAAGGAGGACACGAGAACAUAGAGAAGAGGCUGAACAAAGAAAAAGACAGCGAAAUCGUCCCUGUUCUCAUGAAAGAAACUUACAAACAGGUCUUGAAGGAAAUGGAUUUUGAAUACGUGGUUUGUGAGUAUGAAAGCAAGAAAGAUAUCGUUGAACUGGCUCACAAACUCAACUGUCCCAUUAUAAGUUAUGACAUCGAGAAUUGUUUCACCGGACUCCAGUACAUACCUUCCACUACACUUGAACUUCAAAAUGAUACCAUUCAUUGUGGUUACUUCCUAUUAAAAACCUUUUUACGAAAAUAUAAAUUGACCGUAGAUAACCUCGCCGUAUUUAUAGUAUUGACUGAUGAGAAUAUUUUUCCGGAAGGAUUUUUCUCAGAGUUCUUUAAAAGCAUUAAAGCCCCUCUUGGGCCAUUCAAACGUAAUUUGCAUUUGAUGAGAUGGCUUUCUAGGAGCAGCAAGCAACAGAUCUCGGCAACUAUCUUCAGGUUUAUAUCAGCUGAAGAUAAAAAGACGUUCAUUGAAGAGGAAGCCAAAGCUGGGGCGCAAAUAGAACGGCGUGAGUGCGGCGGGCUCGGCGCGGCGUGCCUGUUAGACCGCGACGCCGCCUGCGUGACGCGGGCCGACCCGCGCUGGUUCGCCAAAGGUGUCGCCGCCGAACAUGUUGCUAUUGACUACGUCAACCUUUAUCGGUCCAAAAUAUUUCGUGGAGCUCCUCCCAUUAGAGGAUUUGAACAAGACAACCCCACGCUUCUGGCUUUGGAUAUUAUAAAGUACGCAUAUGAUUUAUUGACUAAUUUCGAAAACGAUGGUUUUAAUUUUGUUUAUGACGCUGGCCUGGAAAAAGAAACGAUUCUCGUCGGAGACACGCAUUCCAUCCGAAAACCGGUUUACGAAGCGGAAGAGUGUGUAUUCCAGAACGGCUGGGAGUCAGUGCGUUCUUUUGGACUGCUCGAGCACUUCGCGCACGAGACGCUACAGCUGGAGAGCCUGAAACGCCUCGACACUGCGCCAGAGGAAACGCGACUGCUGUUACUAGCGCUGGCUUACUUCUCGCGACGCAGGCCUUCGUCGCCCGCUGCACUCUCCUCAGCCGUGCUGCUCGCCUACGUAAUGCUCGACGUGGUGGCUGACAAGGUCGACAAGAAAAAUCUUCCGAAGUUCCCCUUCGACAAGAAGCCGAUUCUGGACUCGACCACAGACAGGAGCGUCGUCACUGAAGCCGACUGCGGGAUCGCGGCCGCUAUAAUGAAUGAGUACUCCACCACAUCCGAGUGUGACGCUGAGCUGAUUUUCGAUGGAAAACUACUCCAUGCGUUGGCGGAGUUCCAGCAAUGCCUGCUGCAGCUGUCGGCACUGAGCGUGCUGUGCGGCGCGGAGGUGUCGGCGCCGGUGUUCGCGCGCACGUACAAUGGCACGCUGGCCUACAAGGUGCUGCGCGCCGCGCAUUGCGCCACGGACCGCCUGCUCUUCCUAGACGAGUUGCUGAGCCCUGCCCCCACCGUCUAUGCUUUUUUUAAUGGCCUCUUAGAGGCUUAUGACGAUUUUUUUUAAAU